AUGGCGGAGCUGGGGGACCCCCGGCAGCCUGGAGGGGGGAGCACGGAGAGGGAGGAGCUCCGGGACCCCCGGGAGCCUGAAAUAGGGGGUGCAGAGAAAGGGAAGCCUGAACACCCUGUGGGCCGGAGGCAAAUCCCCUCCCUGUCCUUCUUGCUUCCUGCCCCAGGCCCCGAGCUGAGGACGGAGAGCCCGGAGGACAAAUCCCCCCGUGAGACCCUGGUGGGAGAGGCCGUUUUGAAGGGCUCCCCGGCGCAGGAAGGCAGCGGGGAGGAAAAGGGCCGGAGAUCCCCCCGCAGGAGGGGCUCCAAAGCCAGCCCAGGGUGCUCUGAGGAGGAAAGAGCCAGCCUGUGCUGGGAAGGCGGCCGGAGCUUGAGGGGGAGCUCUGACCUGGUGGUCCCUGAGCAGCCUCCCAGCAGGGAGAAGCCUUUCAGGUGCUUGGAAUGUGGAAACAGCUUCAGGAAGAGCACCCAGCUCCUCACCCACCAGCACAUCCACACUGGGGAAUGGCCCUUUACAUGUGGGGAUUGUGGGAAGAGCUUCAAUGACAGCUCCACCCUCCGCACCCACCAACGCAUCCACACUGGGGAACGGCCCUACACGUGUGGGGAAUGUGGGAAGAGCUUCAACCGGAGCUCCAAUCUCCGCACCCACCAGCGCAUCCACACUGGGGAACGACCGUACAAGUGCUCGGAAUGUGGGAAGAGGUUUCAGACCAGCUCACAUCUCCUCCUGCACCAGCGGACGCACACGGAUGAGAGGCCCUUCCACUGCACUGACUGCGGGAAGGGCUUCAACCGGAACGGCAACCUCGUCACCCACCGGCGCAUCCACACCGGGGAGAGGCCCUACAAGUGUGGGGAGUGUGGGAAGAGCUUCCCCCACAGCUCUACCUUGACCUCACACCAACGGACCCACCACAGAGAAAAGCCCUUCAGAUGCUUGGAAUGUGGGAAGAGCUUCAGGCAGAGCUGUGACCUCCUCAAGCACCAGCACAUCCACACUGGGGAACGACCCUACUCAUGUGGGGAAUGUGGGAAGAGCUUCAGGGACAGCUCCACCCUCCGCACCCACCAACGCAUCCACACUGGAGAACGGCCCUACAAGUGUGGGGAGUGUGGGAAGAGGUUUCGGACCAGCUCAGAUCUCGUCGUGCACCAGCGGACGCACACAGAUGAGAGGCCCUUCCGCUGCACCGACUGUGGGAAGGGCUUCAAGCAGAACUCCCACCUUGUCACCCACCGGCGCAUCCACACCGGAGAGAGGCCCUACAAGUGUGGGGAGUGUGGGAAGAGCUUUAGCCACAGCUCCCACCUGAUCCGGCACAAGCACAUCCACACAGAAGAACAGCUCGAAGAAGGGGGAGCCUAA